GCGUUGGCAGAGGGGCUGGGCUAGGAGAUCUCCAGAUGUCCCUUCCAACCCUAAAUAUUCUGUGAUACUGUGAAAUCACUGCAGACAUUUGCAGUCAGUGUUCAUCAGUGCCAGUGUACUAGACUCGAGUGUGUUACUGUGUCAUGUGAGUUGUUCUUCUCUCAAUAUCCCGUUUUAAAAUGAAAUCUCCUAUUUAAACUAGCUUGACCUGUAUAGUUAUAGUUCAAUUGCUGUUUAAGUAGUGAGAGCCUCUGACAGAGGUUAGCAAGGAUUUCCUGCCUCUUUUUAUUUCAGUGCUUUCAAUGCUUUUAUUUCAAUGGGAAAUCUCUAUUUCGUAACUCCUUUUCUUGCUUUUUUCACCGCCCUGAGAAAUGACCACAUGGGUUUUAUCAGUGCCCUCCUCUAAGGUUCUCCAUUUGUACAGGUUUUCAGAAAAUGAAUAACUGUGUUGAACUUUGGGUAAAUUUAACACACAGGUCCCAUGUGUGCUGAAACUGGCCUUGGAGAGGGUAGGAUACAGUAAGGAAUCCGUGUACAAGUGCCUCUGUAUCUUACAGUCCACAGAACAACAGACCGAAGCCAUUUAAAAAGUAGAUUCUACCUGUUUAUUUGCUAAUUUUUGGUCUUUCCUCUCUGCUGUGAGGGUGGGCCUCUUUUUCUGCUUAAGAACUUCUUUUACUGUUUAUACCAGAGGCAUCCUGAUCCUUUUGUUGCUGGAAACAGCACAUAUCUAGCAUCCUCCUUUGCAGAAAGUUUUACCACUGCAGAAUAACUUUGUACCUUACAGGGAAAGAAAAAUUAAGCAAAAUUUUGCUUUACAAUGGAUGUGUAAAUCAUCAAGGAUUAAGUGUAUUACAGUCCCUGAAGAGAAGAAACAAAGGACUGACUAAAGCUAACAGAGCUGAGGAAAGAUUAUCUCUGCUUGCAGGUCCAGCAUUUUGUGUAGGUUAAAUGGAUUGGAAUGAACUGUGUCAUUUAGAAACUGAUGUGAUUAUAAAAAAGUUCACAAUGGCAAUGCUGUGGAAGUUCAUGAGAGUAGCUAAAUAUUCUAAGACAGCUUUAUCACCAAAAGUAAAGGUAAGAGGAAUUCCCACCCAUUCAAGGCAUUCUUCAUCCAAGUCUGUACCUUCAGGAUUUGCUGCCAGUGCACCAUGCUCAAAUACUGUGGAACUGCUUGGUAAAACUUAUCCUCAGGAUGACUACAGCAAUGUCACAGAAAAGAUUCUUUCCAAGGUGGGGAAGAACUUGCACAACAGAAAACAUCACCCACUGUGGCUAAUCAAGGAGCAGGUGAAGGACCACUUCUACAAACACUAUGUAGGACGCCGUGGGACUCCGCUCUUUUCUGUUUAUGAUGGUCUUUCUCCAGUGGUUACAGUACAGCAGAAUUUUGAUAGUUUACUUAUCCCUCAAAACCAUGCCAGCAGAAGGAAAGAGGAUAACUAUUACUUGAAUCGUGACCACAUGCUAAGAGCACAUACAUCAGCUCAUCAGUGGGACUUGAUACGCUCUGGCCUAGAUGCCUUUCUGGCAGUGGGAGAUGUCUACCGCCGAGAUACAAUUGAUAGCACCCACUACCCAGUCUUCCAUCAGAUGGAAGGAGUUCGGCUCUUCUCCUGUCAUGAGUUGUUCUCCAACAUUAAAGAUGGCGAAGGUUUACAGUUGUUCGAGCAAGGCCAUCGCACUGCCCACAAGCAAGAGUGUCACACCAUGGAGGCAGUGAGGCUGGUGGCGUUCAACCUGAAGCAAGUGCUCACAAAGCUCAUGACUCACAUCUUUGGUGAUGGACUACAAGUCAGAUGGGUAGAUUGCUACUUUCCGUUUACUCACCCUUCCUUUGAGAUGGAGAUCAACUUCCAAGGAGAAUGGAUGGAGGUCCUGGGCUGCGGGGUCAUGGAGCAACAGCUUGUUAACUCAGCUGGUGCUCAGGAUAAAAUUGGCUGGGCAUUUGGCUUGGGUUUGGAGAGGCUGGCCAUGAUCCUGUAUGAUAUCCCUGACAUCCGACUGUUCUGGAGUGAAGAUGAACGCUUCUUGAAACAAUUUAUUGGGCCUCACAUUUGGCAAAAAAUAAAGUUCCAGCCACUCAGCAGAUAUCCGCCUUUGAUCAAUGACAUCUCCUUUUGGCUGCCUUCUGAGACAUACUCUGAGAAUGAUUUCUAUGAUUUGGUUCGAACCGUUGGUGGAGACUUGAUAGAAAAGGUUGUCCUAGUGGAUGAAUUUGCCCAUCCAACGACGAAGAAGGUCAGCCAUUGCUACCGGAUCGUUUACCGCCACCCGGAGAGGACUUUGACGCAGGACGAGGUGCAUCGCAUCCAUCAAGCUAUUGAAGAGUCAGCAGUUCGAGAACUUGGGGUUGAGGGCAGGUUCUAGCACUGCUGGUCUGAAGCCCUAAUGACAGUUGCUUUUUUUCUUUCCUUCCUUUCUUUUUUUUCUUCUCUUUUCGGGGUUUUAGUUUGCAAGAGAGGGGUUUUGUGACUGAAUGUAGAACAUGGAAAGCGAUUGAUAAAUGAGCAGUGGUAAAACUAGCGGGUAAUAAACAUUACUACUGAGAAAUCAUU